AUGUAUCAAGUUAACAGGAAAAGAGCAAACAAAGAGCUCGACAGACAUCCACAUUGUAUAUACGGUACACCGGUCAACCUAGAGGCGUAUCUGGAUGGUCAUGAUUUACCCGUCUGGAAACAGACAGCAAGGGAUGAAAGAAAUAGAAAACGUUUUCAUGGUGCAUUCACAGGUGGUUUCUCGGCAGGGUACUUUAAUUCAGUGGGAUCCAAAGAAGGAUGGCAGCCAAAGGCUUGGUCAAGUUCCAAGAAAGAUCGUGGUACAAAGACCGGUCUUUCUUUAGAUGAUAUUAUGGAUGAAGAAGAUAAAAAUGAUCAGGAAAUGUCCAAGGUUUACAGUAUCCAAAAUGACACUUUAGAACGAUCCAUUCCUCUCGAUGAUCCGUUACUAAGAGAACUUGGACCAAAGCAAUCUUCCAUUGGUGAAAAGAUAUUAAGAAACUUUGGUUGGAACGGGAGGGAUUUUGUGAUUUCUCCAACUAAGGAUUUUUAUGAGCGAGAAGAUUCAGCUAAGUACAACAUUCAUGGGCUUGGAUAUCAGCAAGACGAAACGAUUCAUCAACAGAAAUCUUUGAAUAAAAAUGUGAAAAAAAAACCAGAAAACCAAGCUUUUGGCUUAGGUGUUGCGAUAGACGAUAAUGAAGAAGAUGAAGACCCAUACAACAUUGGGCCAGCGAAAUCUCGAUUUGAUAAGAGUAUUAGUUUGAAAAAGAAAAACCCUUUGUCUAUACCUACCAUUGGAAAACAUACUUUUGUUUCGAAGAAAAGUAGAGUAAAAACAAAUCCUUCACCUUCAGCCACCUGUAUGGAUGGUUUACCCGUUCUUGCUGGCUUCGUUGUAGUCUAUUCUCCGGAGAAUUUUACCAAUCAAUGGUUUCCCCCACCAGAAAUUCCUGAAGGUUGGAUAUCACGAUUCUCAUCACCCGCAGAUUCCCCUCCUCAGACAUCCUCAUUUAACAAAAGCACUAAUUCUCGUGAGCGUUCUGAGGCGCUUUUCGGAUCUGUGGAAAAUAAACCGGAUUCUCAGGGUAACCCAUCACAUACUGGUCUGUCUGAUGAACAAGAAUGGAGGAUAAUUGAUAUAGACACAGCCAAACAUGCUCUUUCCAGAAAAGAUAAUCCAUAUACUGACGAACGAGCCGGGAUGUACGAAAUCUUCUUAAAUGCUCAUGUUCAAGGUAUGCCUAAGCUUUUAACAGAAAUGCGUACUCAUUACCUCUCCGAGUUUGCUCAAACCGCGUCUUUGUAUCGUCCAAUGUCCAGGAAUUUAUCCAUGCGUUUUACUUCUUCUUCAGGUGAUAAUUCAGCUAAUGCUACAGCGAUCUCGGAAUCUACUGAUCAGGCUUCAAAUAUUUCCUCUACAUUGAGCAGACCACGACAAAUAUCAGAUUUCUAUCCAAGCCGCUUGCUUUGUAAACGUUUUCAUAUCCGUCCUCCCGAGGUGAAACUUGAUACUUCUGUACUUUCAAGUGAACAGCCCUCUACCGAACCUUCAUAUGACAGUUUACCAAAUGUGAUAGAUAAAGAUCUAACUAGUCGUCCAGUUCAGGUUAAAGUAUCUCCUGAAAGCCUUUUCAAUGCAAUAUUUGGUGAUGAUUGA